AUGACCAAACUCUCAGACCAUAAGGUGAUCCGGUUCCACCUCCAGGUUCUUCACGGAAUCACUGUGGAGACGCGCAGAAAGAGACGCGACAGAUUCUCCGUGAGUGGAGCACGGAUAUUUGGGGUCCCGUUGGAGAACAUGGCGCGGGUUUACGUCCCUGACUUCGGUCUGGUCCCGUGCUUUUUGGUGCAAGCGUGUUCCCUGCUGACCGAGCGACUCGCUACAGUUGGCCUCUUCCGGAAGCCCGGCUCGCUUCCUCGCAUCAAGACUCUACGGGCGAAGCUGAACCGUGGGGAGGACUGCCUGUCCACAGCCCUGCCCUAUGAUGUGGCCACUCUGAUAAAGCAGUUCUGCAGAGAGUUGGCAGAGCCUCUGUUCCCCCCAGAGCUCCACUCUGCGUUACUCAGCGCUCGGGCCCUGUCCAGUCCAGAGGAGCAGACCUCUGCCCUGCAGCUGCUGUCCUGUCUGCUUCCCGCUCCACACACCUCCACUCUGCACUACCUCCUGGACUUCCUUCACCGAGUCGCACAGAGAUGUAACGAUAACUUGAUGACCCCUUUAAACCUGGCCACAGUCUUCGUGCCCUGCCUCCUGCCUCCUCCCAACCUCACUGAGAUGUCUGAAGAUCGGCUGGAGCUCAGGGUCUUGGUUCUCCGCACUUUCAUCGAAAACCCACGUUCAUUUGGAGUCAUUCCGAAGUCUGUGGUGGACAGUAUGGAGUUUCUAAUGGAGUCCCCACUUUCAAAAGAACUGCAAACGAAAAGAGGAAAUCAAAAGGGCCAUAGCUUCGCAGUGAAAAGAGCUGUGAAGACCAUGCCAUGGAUCCCGACACGAGCUAAGACCAAAGCAGCCGACCCAGAGCCCACCAAGACCCCCCCGUCAAGACCCAGACUGAGGAGGAGCCUGGGCCAGGAGCACUUCCCCAACCUGCAGCUGUUCAGGAGCUGUCUGCCCUGGGAAGAGCACAGUUAUAAAAUGACAGAAGACUACUCCGGCUGCAACGAGCAGGAUAAAAGAAAAAGGGAUCUCUGUCCUGUCACUAAAAGCAGAGAACAGAAGGACCACAUCCCUCCGGUUCUGACUGGAGUAAGCAAACUCUCAUCCUGGCGAAGACGGACCUCACUCUGA